UCUUUCAGAAUCUCUCUCUCUCGAAAAAGUCUCCUUCUCUCUCUAUCUCUCUCUCUCUUUUUUUUUUUUUUUUUUUCUCCUCGAGUCAUUCUCUAUGCUUCUUCAUCGUCUUCUUCUUCACAAACGCCUACUUCAGUUAGGCAAUUCCACAAACACCUAACACACCCUCUCGUUCCUCCUCCUCCACCACCCACACCUUUUCCGGCCAGAUCGCCGGCCUCCGCCAUGCACCUCUGGGGACUUCGCACCCCCAUCUUGCUGCAGGCGGCCUUUUCCUGCUGAAUGCCAGGGGAAAACCACCGGCGCCGCCAUGACGGUCAAGAUAAACCGCCAUCAUCGCACCCAACCUCAUAUCAACCUCAAUCUCUGGUUCUUCUCCUGAUUCUUCAUAACCAAGGCGAACCCAUUGUUGUGUCACUGUUUUGCCUUACUUGAGAGAACAUGGCCACUCCCAAUUCCACCCCCAUUGAUUCCUCUUCGGGUGACGAAGCUGCAGCCAAGGCCAUGCACAAGCGUUACGAAGGUUUGGUCACUGUUCGGACCAAGGCUAUCAAGGGCAAAGGAGCUUGGUACUGGGCUCAUCUUGAACCCAUUUUGGUGCCUAAUCCCGACACUGGUCUGCCCAAGGCGGUUAAGCUCAAGUGUUCUUUGUGUGAAGCCGUGUUUUCAGCGUCCAAUCCAUCGAGGACUGCUUCCGAGCAUCUGAAACGCGGCACUUGCCCCAAUUUCAGCUCCGCUUUGAGGCCCAUUUCGACGGUAUCGCCUUCUUUAGCUCUGCCUCCUUCGCAUAAUCAUAGAAAAAGGAGUGCCCAUAUGGGUGCUCCCUCUUCAUCGUACCAUGUUAGUUCGCUGGCUAUGGUUGAUUCUCCCCGCUUCUGCGGAGAAUUGGGGUACUCUUCGCCGCCACCGGUGCAAAACCCAGUUGGGAGUGGUGGGGAAAAGGUGUUAUCACACCAUCAGUUAGUGUUAUCCGGUGGGAAGGAGGAUUUAGGUGCAUUGGCAAUGUUGGAAGAUAGUGUGAAGAGGCUUAAGAGUCCUAAGGCUUCGCCGGGACCAGAAUUAAGCAAGGAACAAAUCAAUUCUGCGCUUGAAUUGCUUGCGGAUUGGUUCUAUGAGUCUUGUGGCUCAGUUUCAUUUUCGAGCCUCGAGCACCCAAAGUUCCAGGCUUUUCUUAACCAAGUCGGGUUGCCCUCUGUCUCUAGGAGGGAGUUUUCGGGGGCACGGCUUGAUACAAAGUUUGACGAGGCCAAGAUUGAGUCUGAAGCCAGAAUUAGAGAUGCCAUGUUUUUUCAAGUUGCUUCUGAUGGGUGGAACAGCAAGAAUUUUGGUUUUUCUUCAGGGGAAGAGAAUUUGGUUAAGUUUACAGUUAAUCUUCCGAAUGGGACUAGUGUGUUUCAGAAGGCGGUGUUCACUGGCGGAUCAGUGCCAUCUAAGCAUGCAGAGGAGAUAUUGUGGGAGACGAUCACUGGUAUAUGUGGGAGUGUUGUGCAGAGGUGUGUAGGGAUAGUUGCGGAUAAGUAUAAGGCCAAAGCAUUGAGGAAUUUGGAGAUUCAGAAUCAUUGGAUGGUUAAUCUCUCUUGCCAGCUUCAGGGGUUCAUUAGUUUAAUCAAGGAUUUUAGCAAAGAGCUUCCACUUUUCAGCAUUGUCACUGAAAAGUGCUUGAAGCUUGCGAAUUUUAUCAAUAUCAAGUCUCAAGUUAGGCAUAGUUUCCACAAGUUCCAAUUACAGGAGCUUGAUCAUGUUGGGUUGCUUCGAGUUCCCCCUUCCAAAUGCGAUAACAUGAAGAAUUUUGUGCAUGUUUAUGCAAUGUUGGAGGAUAUAAUGAGCAACGCCCAGGUACUACAAUUGGUUGUGAUGGAUGAAUCAUAUAAGGUGAUAUGUGUAGAGGAUCCAGCUGCAAGGGAAGUAGCAGAUAUGAUUCAAGAUGUGCGGUUUUGGAAUGAGCUCGAUGCAGUUCAUUCGCUAGUAAAGCUUAUUAGAGAAAUGGCUCAAGAGAUUGAGGUUGAGAGACCUUUAGUUGGGCAAUGUCUUCCUCUUUGGGAGGAGCUGAGAACAAAAGUAAGGGAAUGGUGCGUGAAAUUUAACAUCGAUGAGGAGCCUGUUGAGAAGAUAGUUGAAAAGCGGUUCAGAAAAAACUACCAUCCGGCCUGGUCAGCUGCAUUUAUACUUGACCCCUUUUACUUGAUGAGGGAUACGAGUGGGAAAUAUCUUCCACCAUUCAAGUGCUUGACACAUGAACAGGAGAAGGAUGUGGAUAAGCUCAUAACCCGUCUGGUUACAAGGGAGGAAGCUCAUAUUGCAUUGAUGGAACUUAUGAAAUGGAGGUCGGAAGGGCUUGACCCACUUUAUGCACAGGCUGUUCAGGUUAAACAGCAAGACCCUGUGACAGGAAAGAUGAAAAUUGCCAACCCUCAGAGCAGUAGACUUGUGUGGGAAACUUGUCUGAAAGAUUUUAAGUCAUUGGGAAAGGUUGCUGUGAGGCUCAUCUUCCUCCAUGCAACAGCGUGUGGGUUUAAGUGUAAUUGGUCUUUCAUGAGAUGGGUUUGUGUCCAUGGUCACUCCAGGGUGGGCCUAGACAGGGCUCAGAAGAUGAUAUUCAUUGCAGCUCAUGCUAAGCUUGAGAGACGGGAUUUCUCUAGUGAGGAAGAAAAGGAUGCAGAACUGUUUGCCAUGGCAAAUGGGUUAUUGGUUAGGUUAGUCAUGAUUGCUAAAAGGUCUUUGAGCAAACCAGAAGCAAAGGACAGUGUCGGCAUGAGGAACGCAGAAGGUGACAGAAAGGGAUUUGGCAACAGACUUGAACUGAUGUUGCAUGUUCUAUAUUUCAGCGAGAAUUGUUGACUAUAAUUUAGCAGGGCCAAGAUCCUAACAUAAAACUGAAAAAUGCCCACAUUACGGUUCCAAAUGGUUUGAAAUUGGGAGGUAAAUUAGCUGUACACACACAUGCGUGUAUGCUUACACAUCUAAAAUCAUCACCAGCCCUAUGGUUGUCUUAUGUCACUAUAAUAAUCUCAAGAUACUUAUAGAGUUUCAAGUCCCAUAAUGGCCAAGUGGUGAGGUGGAAGAUUAGCCUAUGAGAUGAAAAAGAAGAAAAAGGAAAAGCAAACAUGGAGUUUAACUAUGUUGUUUUUUGUUUAAUGGCAGAUCUGUGGAGAAGUAAUGUGCUAUACAGUUUCUGGCAAGUUAGAUAUUCAAAUCUGUGACUCAUCUUUUUCAUAAUCCUUAAGACAAAAAUGCACAAGAUAAAUAGGAUAGCAUAUGGAAAAAAAGAUACUGAAAAUUUGAAAUUACAGAAUGCUAGAUGAGGAAUCAGAUGUAAUCUUACUGUGGUCAUUUUCCCACCCUUUUAUUAUAGUAUGACAGUGAUCCUAGUUUUGAAAUCC